AUGGCGGAAGAACAUAGAUGCCAAGCUCCGCGUCUCUGCGCUAACAACUGCGGUUUCUUCGGGAGUCCCGCCAUGCAAGAUCUCUGUUCUAAAUGUUACCGUGAUUUGCAGCUCAAGGAACAGCGAUCUUCGUCGGCUAAAUUGGUUCUCAAUCAAACCCUUAUUCCUCAAGCGAUGGUUUCUCAAGAGGCUGUUGUUGUUCAGCCUUCUCCUUCUUCGGAGGUGGUUUCGUCUAUGCCGGCGCUGGCGGUGGAAACUGUUGUUGAAACAUCGGAGCAGUCGAAGCCGAAUCGGUGCGGGAGUUGUAGGCGGCGCGUGGGGCUGACGGGGUUCAAGUGUAGAUGCGGAUUGACGCUGUGUGGGUCCCACAGGUAUCCCGAGCAACACGAGUGUGGGUUCGAUUUUAAGGGUAUGGGGAGAGAGCAGAUCGCGAAAGCGAAUCCGUUGGUGAAGGGAGAGAAACUGAACAAGAUCUGA